AUGAUUUACCACAUCAGGCAGCAAUUGCAGAUUGCUUGGAGUCAUCAAAAGAGUUAUGUCGACCGAUGCCGAUCUGAGUUAGAGUUUCAGAUGUUACACUUGUUGUUUUCCAUUUUACUUUUCAUUGGAAAAUUUAGUAAACGUGUUUAUGAGCAUGGGGGCGGCGACGGUGCUAGGGGCAACGUUGGGGGCAGUGGUGGUGGUGGUGGUGUUCGCAACGGGGUGGCGUCGGUGGUAGUGAUUACUGACCAUGGUGGUGGCGACGACAAUUAUGGCAAUGGUAGUGAUGGCGACAACGGUAGUGGUGGUGCUAGUGAUGGGGUAGAUUGUGGUGGUGGUGGCGAUGGUGAUGAGAAUAAAAAAUCAUGA